AUGGCGGCAAAAAAGAAGAGAAAUGUAUUGGAUUUAAGCCGGAACCUUCCAGCUGCCCAGCGGCCUUACAAGCCAUUCAGCUGCCAGCGCGUUAACUCUCCAUGUGUGGCCGCCAAUGGGGGCCAGUGUCAGCCGGACGGGGUUUGCACAUGCACAAACAAUGCCUUUGAAGGAUACAACUGUGGACUGGUCGCUGCGCAAAGAGUAACGACUGUGUGUGACAUCAAUUGUGAAAAUAACGGUAUUUGUUACAACGAUGGGGUCAAUGGCCACCGAUGCUUCUGUCAACCAGCGUUUUAUGGAAACAGGUGUCAGUUCAACAGAGUGGCUAUCCUCGGUUGUGACGACCAAACGAUGACCAUAUUAGUCAAUCCUCACGAGACGGGUUUGUUUAACGGUCGAAUUUACGUCAGAGGUUUGUCUAAUACCCCCCAGUGUGUUGUGGACGUCCCGGCUGUGAGCCCCAACCAGGGCUUCACAAAGACGCUCAGCCUCGACACGACCGUGGGCACCACUAACCCAUGCCGAUCCGGCAUGGAAAUUUUGGACAGUGGUAACAUCAAGCGCUACACUGUAAUUGUGCAGUACGACCCAGCGUUUAUAGCUUGGCCUGAUGAGAUCCAUACCUUCCAGUGCUCUCAGUCCGGUUCUGGCCAAUUCAUUGGUAUAGUCCUGAAUGGUCUGACAUUUAACACCAACACGGACGAUCGGUUAACGGGAUUGAAUGUCCAGGCCAAUCAUAUCCCGGCUAACAUAGCAAUCACUCGCCAGCCGGAUCGUUCAGUACUGAAUACCGGUAUCCUCAUGGUAGGAGAUGACCUCUUCCUUGAGUUCUCCCUCAUAGGAACCACGACCUACACCACGCUGCGGGUAGACGAAUUGACGGCAUUUGACUCCAACAUCAACCCUCAAAUGGAAAAGGCCUUAAUCAGAAAUAGCUGCCCUGUGUCCCUGACAAAUGGCAUCACAGUAUCACCUCUGCAAAAACCCAACCCAGGCCUGGUUCUUGUUCCCUUCAAGAUGUUCAAGUUCAUGACAACAAACUCCGUGUACUUCUUGGCCUCAACCACAAUGUGUACAAGUGCCAGUGCUGCCAACUGUGCCCCGUUGAACUGUAAUGGCGUUGCCAAUGGAUUCGGCAGAAGAAAGCGAGAAUCUGGCACGGAGCGCGGAAAUCUCACAACUCGCGUGUUUGUGGUAACACAGGGUGAUACCGAAGUUGAUUUGGGGACCUGUGGCCGGGAUCCUGUGAAUAGGUUAAACACUGCGUCCUGCUUCCAGAAUUCCACCUUCCUCAUCGUGGCGUCUCUGUUCGGGCUGUUGCUUAUCGUGGCUAUCAUCAUUCUGGCUUUGGUUUGUGCGCGUGCUAAGCAGAGGCACAGUGAUGAGGCGCGUGAAUUCCACACCUACAGCAACUGCGGCUUAACAAAGAUGUAA